AUGGGGGAGAGCACCCUGUGGUCUCAGGGAAGGCUCGCCGGCUGCAGCCAGCAGGUUGGGUGGAUGGUGUUCUCUGCUUCCCAGUUCUCAUGCAGCCUUUGCUUCUGCAGUGGUGACCAGGAGACAAGGCACCCAGUCCUGUCGUCAAGGCUCUGCAAACUUUUUCUUCAAAACGAGACAGACCAAGUGAUCAAGGUCUUGAGGAACAUUACAGUUGGAGAGGAGACCCCGCUCCUGAAGAUCGUUGCCCCCGUGGCCACGCUGGUUUCCCUCUGCGGGGUGCUCCUGAACGGUGCCCUCCUCUGGCUGCUCUGCUGCGGUGUCAAGAAGAACCCCUACCUGGUGUACAUCCGCCACCUGGCCACCGCCGACCUGUUCUUCCUCGCCUGCGUGACAGUGGAGUUCCUGCAAAUGACCGUGCUCUCCCAUCACGGAGUCUUGUUUUCCACCCCUGACUUCCUGGACUUCGUGUCCCCCUUCUCCUUCACGGCGUGUCUGUGUCUCCUGGUGGCCAUCAGCACAGAGCGGUGCAUGUGUGUCCUCUUCCCCAUGUGGUACAGAUGCCGCCGCCCCAAGCACAUGUCUACUGUUGUCUGCACCCUCAUCUGGGUCCUGUCUCUUUCUUUAAACAUAAUGAAUUCACUUUUUCUAACUUACUCUAGAAACAUGAAGGCAUGUGUCAUAUUUCAAAAGGCUUUGGGUGUUUGUCACAGUGUCCUUUUCUUGGUGAUGUGUGCCUCCAGCCUGACCCUGCUCAUUAGAAUCCUGUGACAGUCCACCAAGGUCUACACCGUGACCCAGGCCUUGGUCAUCAUGUUCCUCCUCUGGGGCCUGCCCAUGAGUGUGGCGUUUCUCAUGUCAGAUUUCAAAGGCAUGGCCAUUGCCUCCUUCUUGACUUCCAUGUUGACUUCCGUGUUCUUAACUGUGAACUGCAGCGCCAACCCUCUCAUUUAUUUCUAUGUGGAGGGACUCAGGGAGAAAAGACUGAAGGAACCUCUAGCGAUUCUCCAACGGGCAUUAGCAGGCAAGACAGCAGAGGGGAGGAACAGACAGGCAGCGGGUGUAGACACCAUGGAGAUGCCAGGCUCUGCCUGGAACACAGGGGACCCUCUUCCAGUGGAGGUCAGGGUUGACCCUGGCUCGUGCCCCAACUCGGAAAUGGCCCUUCCAGGGGCUGCCAUCUCUCCAGGCCAGUGCAGGGCCGCGCCAGGCAACUGGGGCUUCCCUACCCAGAGCUGCCGCUCCUUGUGCUUGGCAGGGAAGAACGUGCCGCUCAUCGUCGGGCUCAGCGGUGGUAUCCAGGAGUGA